GGGCCAUCAUCUCGAGGAGUGUUUCAACAUGAAGCAGGAGAUGCUGCUGUGGAUUCAUCUAGGAUCUUCUUAAUUCCGUUGGACGUUUGAUUGCGACUAUGGCAACACAGGAGACAAGAGCGGCUCUGGGAUUCUUGUGAGCCCACGGCCAUGUCUACCGGAAGCUCAAGGCCCAGACUCUCCCCCAGACCCUUUUCCAAAGACGCGCCGUCGGAGAGUUUCGCCAAUGUGAAAUUUCCCGUCACAUCCCUGAAGGGCAGCCAUGGGACUUGGGGAAGCCUCUGGCCCAGCCCAGCAGUGGAGAGCAGUAGAGAGGACAAGGCCCAGGACGACAACAUGCCUUCCUUAGUGGAACAAAACACAGCCAAAGACGAGCGUCUGAGCCAAAACGCGACCUUCUCCGCCAAGGCCCUCUACCCCCAACCCGGUCCAAACAUGGUGAUUGUUUUUGCCGCGGCCAGCAUCGAGAAACCUGGGGAGCGGGCGACUCUGACCACUGGGGAGCUUAGACAAGAUGGUGCCACUUCCUUUAGAGAGGCACCACCGUCCCUGGAGCCCGGGGGGACGACCGAGCUGGGAUUACCUUUCCGGAAACCUCCCGGUGCUCUCUGCCGACGGACUUCUCUCUCUUUCGAUCCAAAGCAAGUCUCCCAGAGAUCUCCCGGGAUGGGGGUUGAGCAGGAUCCCCGGGAAAACCAUGCCAUUCUAAACCCCCAGGACUGCCGGCGAAGGGACACCGACAAAGCUGACUCGACCCCCGAGGUCCAGUUAAGGCCCAAGAGGAGGCCGGUGUCCGCCAUCUUUCUCGAGUCCAUUCAAGAUCGAAAGGAGAACAGUUUGGCCGCCUUGGGAGAAAACUCCCCACCUGCCACUCCGGAGAAAACGUGUGUCAGAAAACCUAGGCCUCUCUCCGUGGAUCUUACAGCCAAAUUUGAAAAUAAAAACGUUCCCCCCAAAAUAAGUAGCCCCUGGGGUGAGAGCAGAGAAAAGGGACCCUCAGCGCACCCCGCUGAUGCAGACCAGCGGCGAGAACGCCCUGUUUUAGAACGGAAAGCCGAGGAAUCGCGGUCCGUGACGAGAGAUCCCGUCCCCUCCGACUGCAGAGGAGGGGCUGACGAGCCCGAUUUUCUUGACGUUCAAAACAGAAUCAGGGAGUGGAAGCAGAUAGUUCCCCUGAAACACACCGACUCGCUCAGCUCCAGAACCUCGGCCGAGAUCUCAGCUAAGAUCCACCGGCCCCCUAGGGAAAAUCCCACCAAGUUGGAAAACGGACAAAACGAGAAGGAGACGGGCACUUUGGUUCUGUCACUUAAGGCUGACAGAAGUGGAGACGAUGGGAACGAAACGCCGAAGGAGGAAGGGAGGCCAAGGGAGAAGUCGUCGGAAAGGACCCAUCUCGCCAACACUUCCCCGGCAACCGAGUGGGUCAAGGGCAGCGUGAAGAAGCGCAUCAGUUGGUUUGGCUCAGAGAACAUCUUCUCCCCUUCCGGGAUCGAACCUCCUCCUCCCUCCACUGUUGAGAAGGAUAACAGGACAGGACAGAAGGAUAACAUUCAGGACAGAAGCAAAGGUUGGAAAAAAGAAGGCCAAGAUAUCCCGGGAGAGGGUCUCUGGCAGCCAUUUCCUCCGAGGCCACUGUCUGCUGAUUUAACCAAGGUGUUUUCAAGUCCAGCUCCAAGGAGCGAAGGGAGAUGGGAGCGAUCUGCUGAGCCGAAUUCUCCUAAAGAACUUCAAGGAAAGCAUAAAGAAGGACAUCUUUGGCCCGAAGCAGACUUGGACGAAGUCUCUGCGUCAGGCAGCCAGAGGAAGUCAGUGAGAAGAUCAGACAAGGCCGGGCAGAUCGAGAGGCAGGGAAGUUGCGUCAGAGGAGGAAUAGGUUCCUCCCUUCAGACCCAAACUGCCCUGGGGACGGAGCGAAAUGCUGAAGUCAAGCCAAGACCCUCCCCGUCGGAAGAAGAGGAAAACUGUCGAACCAUUAGGGCAACGGUGUUUGAACAUCACGUGCAAAGGUGCUACGUCGGGGAUCGGCCAGGACCUACUGACCCCGAAGCGAAGCUUUCCGGCAGACUCUCUGAGGAGGCUUCGGUGGCGACGGGCUUCAGCCGUGAGAGAGCAUGUGAGCCGGGGGACAAAAUGGGAGGUGGAACCGAUGGGCCCCGGGGGUUCAGAGUUCGGGUCUCGGUCCCACCCGCUGCUCUGUUGAAUGAAGAGCAGAAACUCUUCCCGGCCGACGAUCGGUCAAGUGACAGAUGGAAGAAGCCCACGCUCCUUCCCAGUGAAAAUCGCCCCGUUGGCCAGGAGUGGGGGCCGAGGCGUGACAUCGUUCCUGGGAACGGGACGUUCAGUGAGGUCCCGAAAGACGAGGCAGCGACAGGUCGGAGCCAAGAGCACCGGUCUUCCUUGUGGGAGAGAUACCUCAGCGACAGUCCACAGGACAAGCCAGAUGGUCAGGCGGGCUGUUUCCGAGCUCCCGUCCAGGCUUCCCCCGUCAGAGAUGGGCCAGAAGCGUCCGGGCCUGGCAUCGGAGAAGCCAAAGUCGAGUCCGGUGGCGAUCCAGUCCCACAUGGACGUGGGCCUGAGCCCUCACAUGCCAGAGUCCAGGACGUGGGAUCCACCGCCAGAGAGAAAGGGACGACGUGGCACGUCCGGAGUUUGAGGAGAAAGAACGAAAGUCCGACCUGUGUUCCCGAGAACUUUGUAGUUCAAGCUGUCCGGGCCUUGGCCUGUGACACAAGCCUUGCCAUGGGUCAGGAAAAAGUUUCGACACAAGGAAAGAAAGCAGGCAGUCGGUCGUCAGCGGAAAGAGGUGACCAGCUCCAUCCAUUCUCAACAGAUCUCCACCCUAGGACAGACCUCGGAGCCAACGGUGAAGGAGAUUCCUUGAGCCUCGAAAUCAACCCCCCGAGAAAUGCUGCGCCCCACGCCGGUGAGCAGAGCCGGUUCCGGGAGGCUGAAGAGAGACUUGGGAAGCCCCGGGAGAGUGAGGGGAAAACGGUGGAGAGAUGGCGGCGGAGGACGUUACCCGUCCAUCUGGGGUUGGAUGAGUUCGGCCUGUCGGAACGUUUGAGAAGGCUCGAGAGGAGGGGUGAGCUGUUGCAAACCGACAACGAGGAGGUGAGAAGGAGAAGUCAACACCUUCAAGGCGAUGGUGAUUCGAAAGAGGCCACCCUGGUUGUUUCUCAGGAACCGAGCGACAGACCGUCAAAAACCGUCCCCUCCAUUUCCCGGGUCCCAGAUGAUAGAAGAGAAAAGAGCACUUCCAUCUCAGUUGGUGAAAGCAGACAGCCUUUUUCGCGGGGCAAAGACCCACCGGUUAAUUCGAAUCCCACCGAUAAUUCCGGCGGAAACCUCAGUGCUCCGUCUCGGCACCCGUCGACCGAUCUGCCCUCCGCCACCCGGGGAAGUUCUCCGGGGGCCUUCGAUAGCAAAAACUUGGGGAGGGAUAAUUUAAACCUGUUAAAAGAUAACAAGCCCCCUGAACAGUCGUUGCUUCGUGAGGAUGAGAAGAGGCAGUCUGGUAGCCGAAGCCCUCGGACUUCCGGUUUGGAUGGAAGAAUGAUCGACGUUGAUUCUUUGUUGUUUAGGGGCCGGCCGGAGAAUUCCAGUAGCCCCCGGGAUGAUCCAAAAGGCAGUGGAUGCCGAGGGUCUUCCCAUCACAUCUCAGCAUCCACUCCACGCUUUAAGAGUCCCUGCAAAGAGAGCGACACGAUAACCGGAAAGAAGCAGGAUGGAGACAGUGAGGACGCGCUUGGCAAGGAGCGGGAAGAUGGUUUCAAGCACCGUAUUCUCGAUAUCGAUGCCCUGAUGGCAGAGUACAAGGAUGGAUGCAGGAGUGGUCAGGCCGGUCAAGAAGAACGGGACCCCCUGACUUUGGAUCGGGGUGGGUCCCAGCAGGAGAGGCCGGACCACGGGAGGGUCGCCGAGAAGACGCCCCUGAAGUCUGGCUGGACGGAUCAGAAAGAAUCUAGGGAUCCUUCUUAUCCCAGGAGAUCGUAUGGUCUCUCCCCGCCCCGUCGGCGACUGGGAAGUUUGACAAUAGCGCACCCCCAACCGGAAAGCACCAAGUGCCCGACGGAGUCUCCCGGCCGAGAUGCCGGCAGGCAGUACUCCCAGGAUCCACGGGGAAGAUUUCCGUCUUCGCUCUCCGGUCGGCUUGCGGACGCAGUGGAUCGUGGGGACGGUCUCCCUAUGACCGGAGCAGUGGAGAAAGAGACCCCCGGGUUGGGAAGGCAGCAGGGGCUGGAAGGCCGGGGGUCCCAGCCGGAACCCAGCUGGGACCCGUGGACGGCCGUGGCUUCUGAAGAGGUUCCCAGGAGGCGGACCGUGCGGAAGAAAGACGGGGAGAGUUCCACCCGCGGGCGGAAUAAAGCCAGGUGGAGUGAUCGUGGGAUCGAUCCGGAAGCCUUGCCUUUGGAAAUCAAGCACACUUACUCGGAGAAGGGACCCCCCUGGAAGAUCAGAGAGGAGCUCUCUCUGAAGCGGGAAGCCAGAGGAAGACGGGAUGCACAGCAUUGCCAGCCGAGCCCCCCCAAGGAAAGUUCUGAAAAUCAGCUGGCAAGAAGAGGGCCGUCUUAUCGGGACUUGGAGCCUGGCGAGGAGAAAAAGGCGCCCCAAGAUUUGGAAAGACAGAGGAGGAGGCCUCGUACUGACAGACCCCUUGGGAGAGACCCCACCCCUCCACCGAUGCCGAGGAGAAGCCGCAGUUUUUGUAAAGACAAGAGAAUGGAGCCAUUUCUGGACCAGCUGAGGGACUGUUUGACCCGAGCAUCUCCGGAGGCCAAGGACACGGACACCCUAGUCCAAGAGGCCGAUAGUCAGUAUGGAACCUGGAACGAGCAGGGCCUCAGCAGGGACAGCUUCACCGUGGAGUCUCCGUCGUCCGACAGCACCGUCAGCUCAACGCGGCAGCAGCAACCAGGCAUCCGGCCGCCUUCUCUCUCGUCUCAGACGGAGCCGACCUCCGGGACCGCCCAGAUCGGCGGUGACUCCUCCAGGGACCAGAGGAGCAUCAGCCUGGACCGCUCCAGCACGGACUUGGAUUCCACCGACGGCACCGAGGCGUCGCUGUCCGCCCUGCCCGACCCAGACGGGAAGAGUGACGAUUUCUCCUUCAUCGACCGCACGUCCGUCCUGGAUUCCAGCGCCCUGAAGACGCGAGUCCAGUUGAGCAAGAGGAGGAGACGUCGAGCGCCCACCUCCCACUCGUCCCGCGGGGCCCGGACCCCCGAGGCCGUGGAUGGGACGCCCCUGCCUGAGGAGAUGGGAAGCUCCUGGAUGUUCAGGGAUUCCACAGAGGAGAAGUCGCCGGCCCCGAGGGAAGACGGCGAUGAGGAAACGAGUCCCCGGUCGGAGAGAGCCCCAGGAGCCCCCACCCCCCGGCGGCCCGUGUUUCCGGGCAUGGACCCGUCUGUGCUGAAGGCUCAGCUUCGGAAAAGACAAGAGGAAGACGUCCCCGCCGAAGCCACGAGUUCGAAGAAGUGGUCAAAGUCUCCCAAAUCGCCAUUCCAUUCUGGGAAUCUUGGCAGUAGAGUCCUGGCCCCUAGUGGAGUGAAAGAGGACAGUUCACAAGACUCAUCUCCCCAGUGGUUAAAAGAGCUGAAAUCAAAGAAGAGGCAGAGCCAAUAUGAGAAUCAAGCUUGAAAAGCAUCGCGGACGGCCCUCUAUCCUUUCCGGGCAGACCACUAUCUAGAAGUCGAACAGAAGCCUUAACUCCACCCGAACCGGAAGUCUGGCUGUUCCCGCUCGCUUCCCGCCUCCCCGCAGGUGGGCCGGGCGCCCCC